AGUUCAUCGGCCGUUGCCUUUAGUUCCCACUUCUCUUCUGUUCCUCCCGGUAUCCCUUAUGAGCGCCGACGAUGCGGUCGUUGGUGGGGUUCUUGCUGGUCCUGGGAGCGGCCACGUCGGGCCUUUAUUUGCUAUCUGCUCGGCUACCUGGAGGACCGCGCGCGGGAAGCGGGUCGUUAAAAUUCCCUUCAGAUCUAGAGGACCUACAAGAGCUUGCAGAGUUCCUACAGUACUACAAUAAAGAGCACCAUGCAUAUGUGAUUCUGCUGUUCUGCAGUGCUUACUUGUACAAACAAAGCUUUGCCAUACCUGGCUCUAGCUUUCUGAACAUCCUUGCUGGAGCUCUCUUUGGACCAUGGAUGGGAUUUCUGUUAUGUUCUGCUUUGACUUCUGUGGGUGCUACAUGUUGCUAUGGACUGUCCAAUAUUUUUGGGAAAAACUUUAUUAUGUACUAUUUUCCUGACAAAGUCACCAUGCUUCAGAGGAAGGUAGAAGAAAAUAGACAUUCCUUGUUCUUCUUUUUGUUAUUUCUGAGGCUGUUCCCCAUGACUCCAAAUUGGUUUCUGAAUCUUGCAUCUCCAGUCUUGAACAUCCAUGUAACUCAGUUCUUCUUCUCUGUUCUCAUAGGACUGACUCCCUAUAAUUUCAUCUGUGUCCAGACAGGCUCAGUACUUUCACAGAUAUCUUCCCUAGAUAACGUUUUCUCCUGGAGUAAUUUAUUCAAAAUGUUGGCUAUAGCCAUGAUGGCAUUAAUUCCUGGGACUCUUAUUAAGAAAUACAGUCAGGAACAUCUCAAUUUAGACAAAAGUAAACAGAAAAUUCACUUGCUGAACGGAAGAAAAUACAACUGAAUAGGCUACCCAUAAAUAGAUGUCAGAUACUGUGGAAUUCUAUUUAAGGGGGAAUUGAAAAAAAAAAAAAGAUUUUGAACCAGCAGUUCUGUUAUCACUGAACUUUGGACUCCUUACCUUUGCCUUAGGUAUCAUCUUUUGGUAGUGUAUAAAGAUGAGUCUUUUAAAAAUACUGUUUUAAAAAAAGAGCCGAGCCUGGUAUGUCCCAUUUUAUAAAGUUAUUUGUGAUCCAGUUUAUCCAGAAGCGAGAAUUUGGGGGACUAAAUGGACUUGCAUCAUCUGAUUUGGGGUAUUAGAGGCUAUUAAUCUUAAUCUUAAAUCCUAGCAUCACUGAGGAAGUAAGCCUGAAAUCGCUUGCUAGAUGAACAGCAGGUUCAAGUGGUUCCACAUGAAGCAGUUGAAAUACAGUAUUUGGGCUAAAUAUUGAAUAAUGGCAGUGAUAAAUGUAUUGUGUUUCCUCCCAAUGUGAGGAAUGUAGUUAAGUUCUGUAUUAUUUCCUUUUCACCUGUUGGGACAUGACAAAGAAGAAAAAUGGUACAGAGGGAGCUGCAGACAUGCAGGAAUGGCUUACCUCCCAUCUUAAUAUUAAAAUGUUUAAGAAGUAUCUUCUUUAUGAUUUCCAGUAUAAAGUAACAUGAAGUGACUGUGGGAAAUCUAGAAGACUUCAGGUUAAGUACCUGUUGAAAUAUUAUACUUUUCUUUGUAGCAAUAUGCCCCAUGGAUAAUUGCAUUCUUCGGUUUUCAAAGCAAAAUCUUUACCCUUACAAAAUUAUGUCCCCUGUUAUGGGGAGAUGGGCGGUGACAGAAAUUUGAAAAAUAAAUAAUUAAAUAAAAUGUUGUAUAAGCAGAAAAGAACAUACUUUGAAUGUAAUAAUUGCUAGUUUGUUUGUUUAUUCCAGUGCUUCAGAGUUGGGAAAAUCUUACGAAUGUGGCCAUUGUUCUUAAUCCAAAUGUUAGUUAACAGCUACUGUUUUUCCAUUUUUCCCCUGAAUUUCCUAUUUGAAAUGGUCUUGCUUAAUAAUGAACUUGUCUUGGGUCAGAAUACAGCUUCAGAAUGCAGGAAAGAGCCUUGUUUGGUCCUUUCUGUACUACAAAAAAGAAUUGCAUAGAAGACUGGAUGUUAAUGAAAAAGACAAGCCCUUUUUUGCCUGAUGUCUGCAGUGACUUAAGCUUGCCAUUCUAGAAAUGAAAGCAAGCAGAAAUUUCUGUAUCAGUUAUUGGAUUUUCUGUGAAAAUUCCUCUAGUUUAUUUGAGGUGGGUCUCUGCUAUCCUCUAGCCAAAUGUCAGUGCUGUAUUAAAUAUGUCAGUCUUCAUUGCAAACUUCUCAGGAUGGUAGCUUGAUUAUUUUUUGUCCAUGCUCUGUGCCAAGAACACAGUAAUAAAAGCUGAUCUGACAAAUACCCUGUGGCAAGUUGUAA